UCGAUUUUUAAAAAUUUUUAGAUUUAAUAUUUUGAUCAAAGAUUUAUUUAAAAAAUUCAAAAUGUCUCAAACUGGUGAACCUGAAAACAAGAGGCAGAAGCUCGUCGAAGAUAAUCGACAUAUUGUACUCUUUAAAGGAUGCUUUGACGAUCCUGUAGGGAUUGAUCUUCCAGAAAAUGAGAAUCUUCCAUUGUCCGAACUUGAGCGUGCAGUUCCUGGAGCUAAUGGUUUACACUAUUUAAAUACAAACAAUGGGUACCUUCUUUCCCUCAAAUUUGACAAAGAAACUCAAUCUUUUCCGCCUCCACUUAACGGUUGGUCCAAAGAUAUUAUUUAUCAAGUUGUGUAUAAAGAUUCACGUUCAAUCAGCCCAUACAUGAAAGUUCAAAGUCCACUCCCGGAAUUGGAAGAACCGGAGAAAUUUUGUUUUUUUGCUUCAAAAUUUGAUCAGGAAAACGAAGUUAGAUCUCCAGUUGUUUGUAUCCACCCAUACUACUUUACUACUUACUUUCACACAUCAAGAGUUGAAUACAAAAAGGAUGUUACGCAAGUUAGAGUUUAUGCAAAGGAUGGCACCGAAUACAACACUGUAGUGAAGCAUAUUUCAAUUGAACAAGAUUUUGUGGUUUUAAAAUCUGAGAAAAAAAUUGUUGAUCGGGGACCUCACAUCUGUAAAACUCCGUGUUCUGGCGCAAUUUUACUCUGUGGGUGUUAUACCAAUGAAUUUGAUAGAUUAGAGCAAUGUAAAAAGGAGGGAUGUCUUCAGGGUCCAGAAACUACAAUUCUUAGAAGUAGUAGUGGUAAGAGACUUGGACGUGGUCCGUUUUUGCUUGGAGUUGUCACAACAGCGCCUGGAGAUUCUGGAUGUGCUGUGUUCUGCCCCCAUGGUCUGAAGGGCAUAAGCGUUGGAACGAAUAAGUUCAAGAAAGCUCCUAAGGAUCCGGUUAAAGAAGCUCAUAAGGAUCCGGUUAAAGAAGCUGCUAAACAUCUUCCCAAGUGUCUGAUCGUUCCAGCGACUGAUAUUAUGAAUGAAAUAACGGCACUUGAAAUGGAAUUGAGAGGCGAUGAGGAGAUUGAAGAAUAGACAGAUUUUUUUUAAAUAUUUUUUGCUGGUACAUAUUUGCUUUAAAUUUUUAUUUGACUGC